GCCGCCGCCGUGCCCACAAGUUGCCGGCAGCUGAGCGCGGCGCUGCCUCCUCCUGCUCGCAGCAGCUCCCUUCGCCCACCCGGCGGCGGGGACUGGCUCCCGGACGCACAUCCCGGGGACACCGACCCCAGAUGUAAAGCGGGACCGCAGCCCCUCGCCCCCAGGCGCAUCCCCCAGUCUCGCCAGCGUCUCCUCUGCCAAACCCUGCUGCUUGGAAGAUGUGGCAGCCGGCCACCGAGCGCCUGCAGCACUUUCAGACCAUGCUGAAGUCGAAAUUGAACGUCCUAACACUGAAGAAGGAGCCCCUGCCCGCGGUCAUCUUCCACGAGCCCGAGGCCAUCGAGCUGUGCACCACCACGCCCCUGAUGAAGAGCAGGACUCACGCCGGCUGCAAGGUCACCUACCUGGGUAAAGUCCGCACCACGGGCAUGCAGUUCCUUUCAGGCUGCACGGAGAAGCCAGUCAUCGAGCUCUGGAAGAGGCACACGCUGGCCCGAGAAGACGUCUUUCCUGCCAAUGUCCUUCUGGAAAUCCGACCGUUCCAAGUGUGUCUCCAUCACCUCGACCACAAAGGGGAGGCCACGGUCCACAUGGAUACCUUUCAGGUGGCUCGAAUCGCCUACUGCACCGCCGACCACAACGUGAGCCCCAACAUCUUCGCCUGGGUCUACAGGGAGAUCAACGACGACCUGUCCUACCAGAUGGACUGCCAUGCCGUUGAGUGCGAGAGCAAGCUGGAGGCCAAGAAGCUGGCCCAUGCCAUGAUGGAGGCUUUCAGGAAGACUUUCCACAGCAUGAAGAGCGAUGGCCGGAUCCACAGCAACAGCUCAUCCGAGGAGGUUUCCCAGGGAUUAGAAUCGGAUGAUGGCUGAAGGAACUUGGGAUGCUUGAGGAAAGGCAGCAUUGGUCCAGGAAUUCCAGGUGAUAGAUGAGUAAGCAAUGAUUCAAAUUUCGGAUGAAAGACUGCCAAAUGAUUGGCCGACCAAGCUUUUAAAAUUCAGAAGAGCAAUUCUAAAUCUAAAGAAAUGUGUUAUUAAAGUAAUUACGUUACAUUGAACUCUGCUGCUGCUGUGACUGUGAGGAGGGCGGGAGUGUGGAUGGGGAGGAAAGUUCUAGACUCGCUCUCUUUUUGGUUCUCCUUGCCCAGUGCCUCCCUGUAGGAGGGCUUCAUGCUGAUUGUCACCAUUCUCAGGCAGACACGCUGAGGCUGUUGUUUGACGGACCAUUCCAGUUUGCCUUAUGAAACCUAACAAGAAUGUUAGAUGCACUUAUUGGAUCCUUAGUCACGGGGGGCGGCGGGGGGAGUACCUUGCUGGUGCAGAAGUCACAGGGCUAAAGGGAAAGUCAGGUGGAUUUGAUCCCGAAUGGCCUCUCAUGUUUCAGAGCCUCUCCUCCGAAAGCCAAUCAGCACAGCCUUCAUUGAGCUUUACAGCUAACAGCCUGAUAGUUGGCAGUUAAUUCACAGUUAAAGAUAAUGCUUUUAUUUACAGAAAUAUAUCAAGUAGUACCCUCUUAUUGUAUUCACUUCAUCUAUUUUUUUAGAAUCCUUGCAACUCUUAAUAACCCUUCCCUCCCCCUGCCCCGUCCACGUCUUUCCCCUUCCAGCCGCGCCAACACCCCUGCAGGGGUGGAUUCUCCGUGUACACUGCGGGGCCCCCAAAGGGAGGAAUUUAACCGAACAGAUGAAAUCAACCAUCAAACCAGCUAGGAGUUUAAAACCACCACCGACAGGAACCUUGGAGAAAGGGAGUGAGUUAUCAACAAGUGAACAAACUCCAUGUAGGCUGUACUUUCUUCGACCCUGAUUAAUGGUAACUUAUUUAGCUGAUGGGCCUGUCUGACGCAUCCUUCACGGCAAGCUUCGAACCUGACUGGGUAUCACCAGGGCAACCUUGCCGCCAUCACUCAGCAUUGCACUCCAGUGAGUUCUCUGUCCUUGGCUUGUCUAGAGGACCCGUGUCCAGCUUCAGCUAAAGAGAAUUCUGACCCGUCCUCUUCCAGUUGAGAGCACCUCAGGGUCGGGAUCGCCAGUGCAUCCACUGUUCCCGAUGAGAAGGUCUCACUACACCUGAGAUUUCCCAGCUUCAUGGAAUAGUCAAUGUCACGAACGCCAAGGGUCAACACUGAGUGAAAGGCAAAGUAUUUGUUAAAAUACGUACAUUUAAGGCCAAGAGCAGAUGGCUAGUUUUCCAGUUAAUGCUGCUCAUUGACUAAAGUCUGUUUUUAAUUGUGGUCAGUGAGGGACACUGGGCACCUUACAGAAAGAAGCCUUAAAUGAGAGCCAAUCGCAUCCGGAGAGCAAUGGUGUUGGUGUUUUGGUCCGUAUAUCUGUGCGUCCCUGUAUGCAUCCGUGUUGUGUACGUGUGCCCCCGUGUGUGGGUCUGGGUUUAAGGCAUGUAGAAUUAGCAUGAGUCAUACUGAGGAGACCCCACCUCUUGGAGAUAUGCUUGCUGCUUCCCAACACAUGUAAACUAUU